CUGCAUGGCAGCGCAUGUCGAGCUUCACGCGCAUCCACACUCACCUCGCAUGGACUGCAGAAUCCACGCGGCGUCCUGGAAGAAAACACAACCUCUGCCAAACUGAACGAGCAAUUCAAAAGCAACAACUUCUUGCAGGAACACUGUGAGCGCAGCGCGAUUGUCACGAUGUAUUUAUCAUCCCAUUGACGGACACAGCGCUGACCGCUUGCAUUUCCCCCGGACCUUUUGUUGUUUGCCUUGGAGUGUUGCAACAAAGUGUUAGGAAUGCCAGCUGUUCUGGCUCUGUCUGGCCUGCUUCUGAUGCUGCUCACCACGAGUGUCAGGUCCGAGUCGGCAGAGCUGAGGUUUCAGGGCCAGACUCAGUUUGUGGUGAAUGAGAGCAGCAGAGCCAUUGUGCGGCUUGUGGUGGAACGAGUUGGAGAUCCGAUUAAUGUCACUGCACUGGUUUUGCUUCAGGGAGACGACACUGGUGACUUUGAGGCCACAACUGCAGCUGCUUUUCUCCUGUCUUCUGAAAGCAGUAAAACCAUCUUCAUUGCUGUGAAGGAUGAUGACAUACCUGAAGCUGAUGAGACUUUUGUCUUCAUCCUUCGCCUGCAGAGCUCAUCAAAUGGUGUCAUGGUGGGAACUCCAAACACUGCGACUAUCACCAUCCUGUCUAAUGACAAUGCCUUCGGGAUCAUUUCUUUCAACUCGGUAUUUUCUCUUAUUACUGUGGAGGAGUCAAAAGGUAGAAGCCAGUAUGUUCCUCUCACUCUCCUGAGAGAGAAAGGAACCUAUGGCACUGUGACUGUCAACUUUGAGAUUUUUGGAGGUCCAAACCCUGCCAGUGAGGAUCUCAGUCCAGACAUGGGGAACAACUUUCCUCCUGGUCGAUCUGUUGUAGUUUUCAGCAUCAUGAUACAAGAUGACAAGCUUCCAGAGGAUGAUGAGAUCUUCACAGUGCAGUUGACAGAAGAAGCUGGCGGAGCUUUACUCAAUCCUAACAGAAGCAGUGUGCAGAUCAAGAUCUCCCGUAAUGAUGCUCCUAUUCGGUUCUCCAAGCCCACACUAGUUGUACCUAGAACAUUGGUUGUAAUUUCUCUCACCGUUACUCGUGGCAGAACUGAGGAUGGUCUUCUGAUCGGAUCUGAUGACAAAACAGUGUCUGUGGCAUAUGUGGUCAUCGGCAAUGGGGCAGCUAGUGCUACACCGAUGGCAGAUUUUGUGGAUCUACAGACAGAAAGGAUGGUUGUUUUCCUUCCAGGGGUCCAUGAAACAGACCUCCGCUUUAGCAUUAGAGAUGACAACAUUCCUGAAAUUGCAGAAUCUUUCCAGGUGGUCUUCUGGAAGAAGACUAUAUUAGGUGAUGCAGUGCUGGUGACUCCAAGUUUGAUGGUGACCAUUGACACCAAUGAUAAGCCUUAUGGUGUCCUGUCGAUCAGUCCUUCCCCCAUACAGCCACACAUCAUCAAUGAAGACAUGAACCCCAUAUAUGAAGGCAUGAUCAUUGUAAGGAAUGGAGGAACACAUGGAGCUGUUUCUGUUCAGUGGAACAUCACAAGAAACUCCACGGACAGAUCUCCGGUCUCUGCCGAUCUUAACCCUGCAGCAGGUACCUUGAGGUUUUCUGAGGGCCAGAUGAGUUCUGUGCUGCCUUUAAACAUCACCCAGGACAGCCUCCCAGAAGAGGCCGAGGCUUUUCUCCUCAAACUGAUCCCAGGAUCUGUACAAGGAGGAGCUGAAGUGGAUGAGCCGAUGGAAAUGGUGUUCUUUAUUCAGGACAGUGAUGAUGUUUAUGGUCGAUUUGGCUUUCAUCCAAAAGAGAAUCAGAGUAUUCAGAGUCAGCCAGAGGGGCGAUUCCUGUCCCUGAGCUUCCUCAGAGAAGGGGGAACUUUGGGAGAGGUACGACUUACACUGACCGCCCUCUACAUACCUGCUCGACCGCUGGACCCUUCACGAGCCCGAGAUGGGGUGCUGAAUGGCACCAGUGUCAACACUGUACUGUUCAGUUCCGGUCAGUCACGAGCUCAACUCAUCCUGCCCAUCCGCAAUGAUGCCUUCCUGCAGAACGGGGCUCAUUUCCGCAUACAGUUGGACAGUGUGGAGUUGGUAAACAUCACUCCACCAAUCCCAUCUGUGAGUCCACGCUUUGCAGGAGCUUUGAACAUCUCCCUGAUCAUCACUCCUGAUAUUGCUAACGGAGAGAUCGGCUUUACCAGCAAUCAGACAGUGGUGGCCCUGGAACCUGAAGAUUCAAACUCCAGCCUGAUAACUCUUCAGCUGAGGCGGGAUGGCACUGAUGGCCAGGCGGUGGUCUUCUGGAGUCUCAGACCCACUGGUGAAAAUAAAGAGGAUGUCACUAAGGGAGAUAUUUCUCCAUUCACUGGAUCAGUCACGUUCUUCUCUGGACAAAGUGAAGCUGUGAUUAACCUCACCGUAUUGGCUGACAACAUUCCAGAAAUCAAUGAGACCAUCAUUCUUACGUUAGACAGGACAAAUGUGGACAACCAGAUCCUGAAACCAGGAUUCACCAGCCGAGAGAUUGUCAUUCUGGAGAACGAUGACCCUGGAGGAGUAUUUGAGUUUUCACCAGUCUCUAAAGGACCUUGGUUUAUAAAUGAGGGGGAGACAGUUGAACUGAGAGUGAUCAGAGCGCAGGGCCAGCUACUGAACCAGCUCAUAAGAUACACAGUGAUUCCUUCAGGAGUGGCUCAGUUUUAUGGGGCCACAGGGAUCCUGGAGUUCCAGCCUGGGGAGAGAGAAGUGAUGGUGGCCCUGGUAGCCAAACCUGAUGGGAUUCCAGAAUUAGAUGAGACAUUCUCAGUGGUCCUUAGUAGCCACAGCACGCCAGCCAGUCGCCUUGGGAACCGAAGAGAGGUCAACAUUACAGUGCGUAAAAGUGAUGAUCCAUUUGGGGUCAUUGAGUUCAUUCAGCCUGGCUUAGACUUCACCAUCAAUGAGAGUAAAGCCUUGGAUGUUUACUCAGCAUCUUACCCCAUUGGAAGAAGCAGGGGUAGGUUUGGGAAUGUGUCAGUCUUCUGGAUUCUUGAGCCAACAUAUUCAGCAGACGUCAAACCGGUGCAGGGUGAGAUUAUCUUUGCUGAAGGAGAAAACCAGAAGAACCUGACCCUGUCUUCUGUGCCAGAUGAAAUCCCAGAGAAAACUGAAAAUUUCACCAUCACCCUUCUGAAUGCAACGGGUGGAGCAAGACUAGGAAACAUCCUCAGUGCUAGGUUAAGCAUUCGCGCAAAUGAUGAUCCUAUAUAUUUUGCCGAGCCUGUGGUUCAACGAGUGCGAGAAGGGGGUGUGGCCAAUUUCACCAUUCUUCGAGCUGGGUUGGCUAAUUUUGUCACCACAGUGAAUUAUCGUUUUGAGUAUGGCGACACGUCAUCAGGAGACUUCAUUCCACUAAGCAACGACACAAUGCUGGUCUUCCAUUUUGGGGAGUGGAUGAAGAACAUAUCGGUUGCUGUGGUAGAUGAUAAUAUACCAGAAACAGAUGAACCAUUCUACAUAGUUCUCUUCAACGCCACAGGUGAUGCAGUGGUUUAUGGUCAAAUCACUGCUACAGUGGUGAUUGAGGCCAAUGAUGAUGCCAAUGGCGUUUUCUCUCUGGAUUCAACUCAAAAACCAGUGGAGGAGGGAAAAACCAAUAACUUUUAUGUUCUUCGAGACAGAGGACACUUUGGCAAUGUCACAAUAUACUGGCAGCUGUUUGCUAAUGACACCCCUCUUGAACCUUAUCAAGAAUUUGUGAACACAUCUGGGUCUAUAACAUUUCGCACAGGGGAGAAGACAAAACCCAUUGUUCUUGAAGCGAUCUCAGACAAGCUCCCAGAGUUCAAUGAGUUUUAUGAGCUCAGGCUUAUGAAUGUCUCAGGUGGCUAUCCUGGCGAAGGUGGCAAACUGGCAAACAGAGACCUCAAUGCAUCCGUUCUCAUUCCCUUCAAUGACGACCCGUUUGGAGUUUUUGCAAUUGCUCCUGACAGUCUGGAGCGAGAAGUUGCAGAAGAUGUCUUAUCAGUCAACGACAUGUCAAGUGUCACAUCUUUGACCAUACUUCGCCAGCAGGGAACCUUCGGAGAUGUUCGUGUGGCCUGGGAGAUCCUGUCAGGAGCUUUUCCUCGUGGUCUACCACCCAUGGAGGACCUGAUUUUGAUGGCCUCAUUUCCUCCAGCUGUUGAACUCCAGCCUCAUUCCAGGAGACGACAUGCUGGCACCGAUGCCCUCUUCUUCUCUGGACGUCCUGGAGCUUAUGGAUCCAUCAGCGCAGUAACCGCUCUGCAGGUCCCACAGAUCCUGGCUAACUUCACUCUGUCUGUCUGGCUGAAGCCCAAGCCCAAUACAGAUGGCUUUGUUAUUUCUAAAGGCAAUGGGAAUGGAACUGUUUAUUAUGGAGUUCAGGUUCAGACCAAUGAGUCCCAUGUUACUAUAAUGCUUUAUUACACAACCAUUGGAUCUAACAGCACACAGGUGGCACGAGCUACUGCUAACAAAUUUGUAGAAGACGCAUGGGUUCAAGUCAUCAUCGCUGUGGAAGAUGGAAUUAUUGAGUUUUAUCUGGAUGGGAGCCCAAUCCCAGGAGGGUUAAAGAGUCUUAAAGGAGAAGCCAUUAUAAAUGAUGCUGCACCUAUUAGGAUCGGUUCCAACCCAGAUGGUGAACAGCGUUUCACUGGUUUGCUGCAGGAUGUCCGGCUGUACUCCAGCUGCCUCAACCGCUCUCAGAUUCAUGAGCUUCACAACCAACCAGCCAAAACUGACCUCCACAACGUCUCAGGAUACCUGACGUACAGGCAGGAGGAGAAGGAGAAGUCGUUUUUGGUGGAGGUGCGGGAUGAUCAGGAGGCGGAGGGUGAGGAGGUGUUUUACCUGCAGCUGGUGGCUGUUCAAGGUGGAGCCCGUCUGCCAAUGCCCAGACCUACUGCCAUCCUGAGGGUCAUGAAGAGCGAUAAUGCCAAUGGACUUUUCAGCUUCACUGGUGCUUGCAUACCAGAUAUAGCUGAGGAGGGCUCUAUGAUCUCCUGUGUGGUGGAGCGCACACGUGGAGCUCUGGACUACGUCUAUGUAAACUACACCAUCACUCAGCUUGAUUCACCAGCAGACUUGUCAAAUGCCUCAGACUUUGCCAAUGCUACAGGCUUCAUCCUCUUCCAGCCGGGUCAGCUAUCUGAGGUUUUAAACCUGCUGGUUGUAAACGAUGACCUUCCUGAAGUUGAUGAGCACUUCCGGGUUCGACUGGUGUCUGCUAAAUCAGGCGAUGGUAAACCAGGUUCCACUCCCACAAGUGGAGCAAGCAUUGAUCCAGAAAAAGCUGUCAACAACAUUACUGUCAAAGCCAGCGAUCACCCAUAUGGCCUGCUGCAGUUUCAGACCACUCCAGUGCCUGUGGGAAUGAUCAGACCUGCUCUGGAAGAGGCUCGGGUCACUGUUCAGGAGGAGACUGGUGUGGUCAGACUGCUGGUGGCCAGAGCACAGGGGCUGUUGGGACGGGUAAUGGUGAGCUAUCGGACAUCUCCAUUCACAGCAGCUGGAUCAGAGGACUAUGAGGACACAGAGGGAUUUCUAGACUUCAUGCCUGGCGAGAGAUUUAAAUACAUCAACGUGACCAUAAUAGACAACUCAGUGCCAGAGUUGGACAAAGUCUUCAGAGUGGAACUGUAUAAUCCAAAUGGAGGAGUGGAUCCAUAUUUUGCGAGCGAAGGCAGUGGAAGUGGCGAUAGUGAAACUGACUUCUUUCUUCCAUCUUUUCACUAUCAUCAUGCUAACCUUGGCGCUGCUGCUCGUAUCAUCGUGACCAUCGCUGCCUCUGAUGAAGCGCAUGGUGUCUUCCAAUUCAGCGCUGACUCUCUGAUUGUGAACGGCACUGAGCCUGAAGAGGGCAGGAGUACUGUAGUACUGCAGGUAAUCCGUUCCUUUGGCGCUCUGUCCAAUGUGACAGUGUACUGGGAGGCGGAUGCUGCUUCAGAGGGGGAACUCGUUUACAGAUCCGGCAAUGUGAGCUUUGAGGUGGGCCAGACUGUUAGAAGCAUCUACCUACUGAUUUCCCAAGAUGAUGUUCCAGAACUGGACAAGACCUUUAAAGUCCGUCUCACCAAUGUUUCUCAUGGUCGACUUGGGAAGGAAACCACUGCCACCUUAACCGUAUUGGCCAACGAUGACCCAUAUGGACUUUUUGUAUUCUCUGACAACACCAGGCCAGUCCGUGUGGCAGAAGCAAAUUCUCUUACUUCCUUAACCAUACAGAGGAGAAAGGGCUUAAUGGGAAGCGUACGAGUGGCAUACCGGACACUAAAGGACACCGAUACUGCCCCCUACAGCACACCAGGAGUAGGUCGGGCCAGUGAAGGAAAUGACUUUGUGGCUGUUGUGAACUCUGUGGUUUUCUCAGCCAAUCAAAGUGAAGUAAAUGUGACUCUGAGGGUGCUUGAUGAUAAUGAACCAGAGAGGGCCGAAUCUGUGUUUCUGGAACUUGUCAGUGUCACUUUGAUUGAAGGGUUGCAACCCAGACCAGUGGCUCUUUCCCCUCGACUGGGCCCACAGAAUGUCACCAUUGCUCAGGUCAUUAUAGAGGCCAGCGAUGAUGCUUUUGGGGUGCUACAAUUGUCUUCUUCUGCAGUGAGCGUGCCCGAGUACUAUACUGGACCUAUUAUUAAUGUGACGCGCAUUGGAGGGAUUUUUGCUGAUGUGUCUGUCAAGUUCAGAGCAGUGCCAUUGACCGCUAGAGUGGGUGAGGACUACAGUGUAGCCUCUUCUGAUGUGGUUUUGCUGGAGGGAGAGAGCAGUAAGCCCGUCCCCAUCCUCAUUAUCAAUGAUGUGGUGCCAGAGCUGGAGGAGACUUUCCGAAUAGAGCUUCUCAACCAGACCACCGGGGGUGCUCUUCUGGGGGACCUUACACAAGCCAUCAUCACCAUCCUGCCCUCAGAUGAUCCGUUUGGAUUAUUUGUUUUUCAAGCUGCACCUAUCACAAUUGAGGAGCCAGCGCUAACCGCAUUUGAAGUCUCCUUACCUAUAGUGAGGAAUGCUGGAACUAUGGGGGAUGUUGCUGUCCAGUGGAGAGCUACAGUCAAUGGCCGACCGGCCACUGGUGAUCUCCGACCUGUGUCUGGAGAAGUGAGGUUUGCUCCUGGAGAAACAUUAAAGACACUGAAAGUUGAGGUUUUGCCUGAUGAUGUACCUGAAAUUGAAGAGAUUAUAAAAGUUGAACUGGUAAGUGCCACCAGUGGAGGAAACAUUGGACUUGAGAAAGUGGUCGACAUCAUUGUACCUGCCAAUGACAACCCUCACGGCACUGUGUACUUUGAGCAAGCAGUGUACCGCGUCCAGGAACCACUGGAAGGGAUCUACAUUGCUAAUGUUACAGUUCGCAGGAGCGGCGGUAAUUUUGGCAUGCUGGAGAUUGUCUACAGCACCUCAGAGGUUGAUAGUGUGAGCAAUGCUCUCAAGGAAGGCCGCAAUUUCCUAGUUUACUAUGAUUCUCGAUUGGCUGGAGCGCCAUCUAAUGCCAUCCGCCGACCCAUCAACAUCACCACAAACACAAACGUGCUCAAUUUCUGUGCAGCUUUCUGCCUUCGAGAGCGAGCUUGCCAAGCUUUCAGCUUCACCAACACAUCCACGCCAAGUUGCUUCUGGGUAACAUCUGGGGUCAGUCAAUUGAGUCCAUCCCCACAAACGUUCACCUAUUUAAAAAACACCACAGCGACCGCGUCUCUGUUUAGCUCGCAGGCUGUUGCUGGGAGUGACUUCAUAACCAUGACGGCUCAGACCACAACCAUGCUGGAUGGAUCAGGAGUUGCAAACCUCACUGUACCCAUCUUGACUGACUCUUUGCCAGAGAUGGAUGAGAGUUUCAUCAUUAAGAUCCUGAAGGUUAGCUUGGUCAACGUGACAGCAACUGCCAGGAACUUGCCAACAAUUAGGCAGCCGGACACAGCUUUGGUGACUAUAGGGAUGAAUGGAGAUGCAUUUGGAAUAUUUUUGCUCUACAGUAUUAACCCCAAUGCCACUCAGGAAGGGCUGUAUCUGGAAGUGAGAGAAGAACCUAAAACUACAGUACUGCUGGUCAUUGAGAGGAGAGGAGGCAGUAUGGGACAGGUUACAGUGGAGUGGAAGUAUGUUGGUGGCAGCGCCACACCUAAUGCUGACUUUAAUGGGACGGGGGAAACCGUCAUCUUUGCAGAGGGGGAUGUAAAGAAGACCCUUGAGUUUAUCAUCACUGAUGACACAGAACCUGAAAACAAUGAGACUUUGCAGAUUGGCCUUGUGAGCACUGAGGGUGGCAGCCGGAUCCUUCCCAGCUCAGACACAGUCACCAUCCUCAUCCUGGCCAAUGACAACGCAGCAGGGGUGGUUGGCUUCCACACAGCCUCUCGAUCGCGCAUCGUCAGAGAGGGUGAGAGUGUGUCUCUGCUGGUAGAGAGAACGGCUCCUGCUAUUGGAAAUGUCACAGUGGAUUGGAGGAUUGAAGGUCCUCUGGUCUCAACGACUUUUGCAGACACCUCAGGAACUCUCUUUUUCUCUGAGGGAAUUCUAAAUAAUACCAUAGUGUUAAAGUUACUCGAGGAUACCACACCAGAAGACAGAGAGGAGUACAGAGUUAUCCUGUCAAAUAUACAAACCACAGGGGUCACAAAGACAGGAAUAGCAGCACUGAGUGCUCAGGCCCGUGAAGCAGUGGUGAGUGUGGAGGCUAGUGACGAACCGUUUGGCCUGCUCAGCAUCGCCCCGUCGUCAUUACAAGUGACCACAGAUGAGAAAAACACCACCAUCAGGAUUUACAUCAACAGAGAAUUUGGUGCAUCAGGUGCUGUAAAUAUAAGCUAUGAGACAGUGCGAGGCUCCCUGCAGGACCUCAGACAGACUGAAGGAGCUCUAGCUCAUCCAGGGCAGGACUUCCGAUAUGUCUCCAGCUCUGUGAUCAUGCAGGAUGGACAAACGUCUGUGUCUAUCCCCAUCACCAUCAUAGAUGAUGACAUCCCUGAGCUGCAAGAGUUUUUCUUAGUCAAUAUAACAUCAGCUGUCCUCAUAACUACCCUUCCAACUGCACCUAAACUAAAUACUGAAGGUCUUGUGGCAGAGAUUAUCAUCAGUGCCAAUGAUGGAAUCAGAGGGAUCAUUGGCUGGCAAAACAUAGACUAUGUAGUAAAUGAAACGAUUGGUGUGUUAACUCUGGUGGCCUUCCGUGAUGCCGGGACAUAUGGAAAUGUAUCCCUGUUCUUCUAUGCCCAGAAUCUAGAGGCUCAAUUGGGUCUGGAUUUCAAUGCCACCCCAUCAAUGAUCUACUUUGUGGAUGGAGAACGACAUAAGUUCAUCGAAGUACAGAUAUUAGAUGAUGCUCUUCCUGAAGGGGAUGAGAUGUUCCAGCUAAUCCUAACAAACCCCUCAGCAGGUCUGCAACUGGGAGAGAACACUACAGCUAUGGUGAUGAUUCUGGCCAAUGACGAUGGCCAUGGCAUCAUAUCCUUUAAUAACAGUGAGCACUUCCUGCUAAGGGAGCCCACCUCUGUGUCCGGUCUGGGCACGAGCGUUGCCACCCUCUACAUCAUACGGGACCCUCCUCAGGGGACUUUUGGCACAGUCACAGUCCAGUUCACCAUCACUGAUGUCAAUGGAUCCCUGUACACUGAUGAUCUCACACCUUCUUCCGGCUUUGUGGUGCUUGAGGAUGGAGUUAGAUUCAAGACAUUGGAGAUCUGGGCUGUUCUGGAUGCCGAGCCAGAGAUGAAUGAGACUUUCACAGUGACUCUGUCCAACCCUACUGGAGGUGCUCGACUGGGGGUCUCACUGCAGACAUUUAUCACCGUCCUGCAGAACCAGGCUCCUCUAGGCCUCUUCAGAAUAUCACCUUCACUGAACAGGACACUGGACACCAUCACACUAGAGGAACGUAUGGGCACUGUGUAUCUGACUGUGUCCCGUAGUAAUGGGCUGGAGUCUGCGGUCAGCGUGGAGUGGGAGACCCGGUCAGGAACAGCUUUUGGCAUGAGGGGAGAGCAGCCAGUGCUGGCUGUGUAUCAGACUAUUAGGGACAGUUUUGCAUCAGUCUGGUGUUCAGUGCCCAGUGAGGAUGCCGCUCUGGUGCUGAGGCUGAUCAAAGGCCUAGCUCAGAACCAGACUGUACUCUACAAGUGGCAGGGCAUCUUUGUGCCCGUUGAGUUUGUCAGCAUCCAGAAUCCCAGCUCUUGUGUGGGCUUUACAGUAAAUGGCUCCAGCUAUGUGGCAGUUUCCCAUGCAGACACCACUCUGUCAUUAACCACCAACAUCAGCUUAUUUCACGUUCAAGCAGAUCUCAACCUUACUCAAGAGCAGACUUUUACUGCGAGCGGUUUCAGUGUCAAACACUUCUCCACAGAUCUCAAGCAAUAUUUGAUAGCUUCAAGUGAGAUAUUUGUGUGGAACAGAGGCUCAUUCUCCCUUCAUCAAAAUCUGGAGUUACAAGACAUCACCAUAGCCGUACCUUUCAGACGAGGCAGCAGCAACAUACAACACCUGGCAGUGUGUCGAAACAGAACAUCAGCAGCCUGUGUGAUCUACCAGUGGACUGAUGGACGUUUCCAAAAUCCCCAACCAUUGGCACUCAAUGCUCGGGUCAAGCAAGUGGAAUCGCUUCAGAUGGGAGGAGACACUUUCCUUUUUAUUGUUACUGAAGGUCUAAGCCCAUCAUGUGAAGUGUUUCUGUGGGGCUCUCAGCAGACUGUCUUCCAGCAGACACAGUCUAUCCUAGUUCCAAGCCUCUUUUCAGUCCAUCCCUUUACCCCACCUUCAGGAAUAUCUCACCUACUACUUGCUGGGGUAAAUGGAUCAGCCCUGUAUUCAUGGAGGUCUGAACUUCGGCAGUUUGCAGAAGUACUCAAGUCUCCAUCUGCCCAAGAGUUCCUGUAUCUUCCAGUCCCUUCCAUCAACUCCACCAAGAGUCUCAUCUUAGCCAGUGGAAAAUCUAAUUCAUUGGUUUAUGAGCUGACCUCAGUGUCCAACCAAUCUGACUUCAUCCCCAGUUCAGGGGAGCUGUUUUUCCAGCCUGGGGUGCAAGAGCUGGAAAUAGCAGUGAAUGUAAUUGACGACGAUGUUCCUGAGGAGGAAGAACAUUUUCGUGUCAGCCUCAAAAACCCCAAAGGAGGAGCAGAGAUUGGUUUUCGUGGUCAAGUGACCGUCUUCAUUCCAGCUAAUGAUGAUGCUUAUGGGAUUAUAGGGUUUUCACAGAACUCUUUAAUGCGGGAGGUGGAUGAGCUGCAGGCUGAUAACCCAGUGUCUCUGAGCAUCGAGAGGAGAAGAGGCAGGUUUGGCAGACUAACGGUACACUGGAGCGCCUUCGGUAGUCUGGAUGACAUUUUUCCCACUUCAGGAGUGGUGACAUUUUCUGAAAGCCAGGCUGUGGCUACCAUCUCAUUGAAUGUGUUAGCUGACGACAUUCCAGAGUUGGCAGAAAAAAUCACCAUUGUCCUGACAAAAGUCACAACAAUUGGAAUAAUUGAUCCAUCCAGAGGAGCCUUGAUCGACUAUCAGCGCGCCCAAGCCAACCUUACCAUCAGAGCUAAUGGUUCACCCUAUGGAGUCAUUGGCUGGCACCUCGAUUCUCAGUACUUCAUCACACCAGAACCUCAAAAGAGCCCAAGCAAUAUUACACUAAGUAUUGUGAGAGAUCAAGGAUCAUCUGGGAAUGUAUUAGUCUACUACUCCACCAAACCGGCCCUCCACCUGCUACCGCUUAACCAGGCUAGCGGAGGUACUGACUAUGUAGUCAAAGAGGCCACAGUCGUCAUGAUGGAGAACGCUACUGUUGUUUUGGUGUCCGUAACCAUCCUACCGGAUGAUAUCCCUGAACUGGCGGAAACGUUUCUGGUAAACAUCACUAGAGUUGAGGUGUUGGGUGGAGACACCGGAGCAGCUCAGCCCAGUGUGAAGAGGCCUGGUUUGGAGAUAGCCGAGGUCACCAUCCAAGAAAAUGAUGAUCCUAGAGGAGUCCUCAGUUUCAAUGUCUCAAAGGAUGUCUCCGGGGCAGUUCUGGCAUUUGAGGUACCGCCACCUGGAAAUGUCCUUCGUCUGGCUGUCAUGCGGAUGGCAGGUAUAUUUGGUAGACUAGUGCUUUACUGGGAGACACAAACAGUCACAGCCAGCACUGAAGACUUCAGUCCUUCUUCUGGAAACAUCACGUUUCAAGAUGGACAGGCAGUGGCUUAUAUUGAGAUCACCAUUAUUGAUGACAUCAUUGUAGAGUCCACAGAGACAUUCAUGGUGAAAUUGAUUCGAGUCAUUGGAGGUGCCAGGCUGGGAGUUGAGACAUCUUUGACAGUCAGCAUCCCUGCCAAUGAUUCACCUUUUGGUCGGUUUGGGUUUGAAGAGCUAAAGGUGUCUGUGUCUGAGCCUCAGUUCCUCAAUGACCCAGCCUCUGUGGCUACACUGACUGUAGUGCGCAGCUCUGGUGGGGAAGGAAUAGUGCAUUUAAUCUGGCUUCUGCAGGAAGAGGGUAGAGAUGACCUGAGCCCUCGCAAUGGAACCCUCAUUUUUAACGGGACUGAGUCGAAGAAGACACUGGUUAUUCAAGCUUUGGCUGAUGCUGUCCUGGAAGGAGAGGAAAGUUUCACAGUCCAGCUGCUCUCUCCAAAGAAUGAGCCUGUCAUUGAUCCAGUUAGAGGUGUUGCUACAGUUGUUAUUCGGCCUGAUGUAGGUGCUCUGGGAACGGUAGGAAUAGCAGAUUCCAGCAGGAAUGUUUUAAUUGGUGAGCCAAGAGGCAGUUACAAUGGAACAGCUCUGGUCAGUCUUAUAAGAGGUCCUGGCAUCUUUGGUGAGAUUGAGAUCUUCUGGAACAUCACCACAGCUGCAGUUAGUGAGUUUGAGGAAACCUCGGGCAAAGUUGUCAUGAAAGAUCGCCAAUCUGCUGCUACAAUUCAACUGAAGGCACUAGAUGAUGACAUACCCGAAGAAAGACGUGUAUAUCAGCUGAGACUGAGCUCUCUCACCCCAGGCUCAGUGAUCAACCCUGACAGACAGUUUGCCAGCAUCACUAUGGCUGCUAGUGACCUUCCUCACGGGCUCUUCUCCUUCUCCCAAGCCUCUCUGCGUGCCACUGAGGAGGACAGAGCUGUAAAUGUGACCAUUGUUCGCUCCAUGGGUCUAUUUGGCAGUGUGUGGGUCAGUUUCCACACAGAAGGCAGAACUGCGAUCAGCGGGCAGGAUUUUGGACAGUCCUCUGGUCGCCUGUUAUUCAAACCCGGGGAGAGCUCGAGGAUCAUCCCGUUGGUUAUAUUCGAUGAUGACCUUCCUGAAGGACCAGAGGAGUUCUUUCUCAACAUUACUCUAGUAGAGCUUCUCAAUGCCAGUUCAAUGGAUAUUACUGUGAGAGAGUAUGGCCUACAGAUUGAUCAGCCUCCAGCUAUUGGCAAUCUGUCCUCCCUCAUGGUGAUUAUCCAGAAAAAUGACAAUGCUGAGGGUAUCCUGGAGUUUGAUCCUAAAUAUGUCAACAUUACUGUUGAAGAGGAUGUAGGAACUCUGUCCAUCCCAGUGCUCAGACGUGUUGGAUCCUAUGGUCAGGUCUCAGCACAGUUUGUCUCCAAAGGUUUGACUGCUCAACCAGAUUCAGAUUACAUCCUGCUCAACGGCUCCAUAAUCUUUCAGCAUGGCCAAACUCUCAGCUAUAUCAAUGUCUCCAUAGUGGACGACACAGAGAGUGAAUUUAAUGAGAUAUUUGAGUUGCAACUCACCGGUGCCACAGGAGGUGCCAUACUUGGAGCUCAGCUAAUUGCACGAAUAACAAUUGCCAAGAGUGACUCGCCAAAUGGUGUGGUACGAUUCAUCAACCAAAGCGCCAUCACCAUCCCAAACCCCAACAGUACCAUCAGACUGAGCCUGUUUGCAGAGAGAGCAGACGGGCUGCUGGGAAACGCCACGGUAAUGUGGCAGAUUCUAGGCCCAAACUCAAAUGAGGUUUUACCAUCAGUGAACACAGACAUUGGUGAGCCAGUGAACGGGACGUUCAGUUUCAGAGAUGGUGAAGGUGGUGUGCGCAGCAUUGAGCUGAAGAUCCUGCCUCACGGUGAGGUGGAGGUCACAGAGAAGUUCAUUAUCAUGCUCAGUAUCAUCUCUGGAGAGAUGGGUGUCGACUCCAGAGCAGGAUCUGUCACCCUCACGAUUGAGAAGUUUGGGGACCCCAAUGGCAUAGUGCAGUUCACAGAACAAGACCUGAAAGAGCGGAUUUACAGUGAGCCUUCUGACAGCGAAGGGCCUCUUAAAAUAUCAGUCCUUGUCACACGCAGAGAGGGUGUCAUGGGAAAUAUCACGGUUUUCUGGGAAAUCCUCAGUGAUGCAGACACAUCAGGAGACUUCGCUGCCCUGCAUGGUUCAGUCAUCAUCCUGGCAGGACAGCGUUUGGCAGAGAUCAUCCUCACCCUGCUGCCCGACCCUGUGCCUGAGCUAGAGGAAACAUACACCCUCCGUCUGACUUCUGUGGAAGGAGGCGCAGAGCUGGACUUAAACCGCAGCAGCACCCGUCUGAAGGUCCCCGCCAAUGACGAACCCCACGGGGUGUUUGUCAUGUAUUCCCAAAACCAGUCUGUGGUUGUCAACGCGGCAGACCGAAGCAGACAACUCAUAAUCAGUGUCAACAGGCUGGCAGGAGCUUUUGGCAAUGCCAGUGUGGGGUACAAGAUCAGUUUUACAACUCCUGGGCAGAGUUUUACAGAGGACACGAUCACUGGAAACAUACUGGUGAAGGACGGAGAACGUGAGGCCAGCGUUAGAGUGCCGGUUAGUAGCCAGGUGUUCUUUGUAAGCGGCUUUAAUUUCAGUGUUGAGCUGACGGAUGUGACUCUGAUUGGUCCUCUGCUCGGUUCCCCUCCCAGAAUUCAGCUGGAAUCAAAGCUGGCUGUCGUUUCAGUUCCUGAAGUUGCAGCCAAUGCUGUGGUUGGAUUUGCCUCUUUGGCCCUGCGGGUCUCAGAUUUAGAGAGUGGCCAGUGUGAGGCGCUAGUGACACGGACAGGACUAUAUGGAAACGUUACAGUCCGAUGGAGCUCUGGGUUUCCUCCCGGUCAAACUCCACAAGGAUACCAACCAGGAGACAUUUUGCCAAGAUCAGGCUCAGUAAUGCUUGCCCAUGGUCAGAGGAGUGAGCUGAUCUCUUUCACUGCUCUCAAUAACAUCUCAGUGGUCACAGCGCAUGCCAUUUACCUCACCUCUGUAGAGUCAGAGUCACCUGGUGGAGCACGUCUUAGGACUGGUUACACAGUUGCCGAAGUGGAGCCAUUGGGAUUGUAUCAGUUUCAUCCAGAUUCCCAGCAUCUGGUCAUCGAGGAGGACGUGCAGACCAUCACACUCUAUGUCCAGCGCUUCUACGGCUUCCGCAGCAACCGAUCCAGCGUCUUCUACAGGACGUGGCCUGGCACUGCCCAACCUGACAAGGACUUUGUGCCAGUGACUGACGGUCAGCUUCUGUUUGAUUCCCGGCAAACAUCUGCUUCAAUUCGCCUGUCCAUACUGGACGAUUCCCUAACUGAGCCGGAUGAGGAUUUUUAUGUGAACUUAACCAGCGUGCGCGUUCUCAGCACCACUUUGCCUCCAGUCACAGCUCAGCCUGAGAUUGUACCGAAAAAUAGCAUAGCGACAGUUACCAUUCGUGCUAAUGAUGUGGUUAGUGGAUUUCUGAGUAUCGGGCCAGCAGUGAAAUUGAUUUCUGAAGACAGUCUGGAGGAUUCGCCCCAACAGAAGCUUCAACUCAGAGUACGGAGGACGGCAGGGCUCUCAGGGGUGGUGAGUGCCAAAAUCAGGGCUUAUGCAGGACUCAAAACUCCACUGGUGGAUGCAUCACAGUUUCAUCGAGAGCACAAUGGCACGUGGGCUCUGGAAGGAGAAGAUUUUGCUCUAGAGACGCAGAGUGUGACGCUGUUGGAGGGACAGAAUGAGGUGGAGGUCACUGUGGUAAUACUGAAUGAUCUGGAACCGGAGGGACAGGAGGCCUUCUUUAUCUACCUCAGCGAAGCAGAAGGUGGAGCACAGAUUGUCAGUGUGCCAGAUGAGCUGGGCUUCACUUCCUUUGCCAAAAUCAUUAUUCUGGGGAGUGAUCUUCAGAAUGGUAUAGUUGGCUUCAGUCUGAGCUCUCAGUCGGGGCAGGUCCUGGACGAGGACUCAGUGAACAGAACAGUGACACUCGUAUUGCAAAGACAGGAAAACAGAGCAUUUGAAGAUGUGCUGGUGUUUUGGCGGGUCACGUUCAGCACUACUGAUCAUGCAUUAGUCAGUCAUGGAGUGGAUCUGGCCAAAGAACUGCUGCAGACUUCAGGCACGUCCGUCUGCAGGAAGGGAGAAGUUCUCUGUGCCCUCAAGCUGGAGGUCCAACCAGACAAGAACCCAGAGUAUGAGGUGUGGUUUCUGGUGGAGGUCUAUAAAGUGGGCGAAGGUGCUGCUAUAAACCAGACUGCCCGUUUUGCCAACAUCACCAUGCUGGAGAGUGAUGACCCACGUGGGCUGGUGUACUUUGCUCAGGGCUCCAGAUUACCUGUGGUCACCCUCAAAACCACAAGCGUCAGUCUUCAGGUCUACAGAGACGCCAGUACAGCAUCAUCUAUUUCUGUCAAGUACCGGAUGCAGGAGCUUCCAAAAGUAGAGUCUAUUGGACCCAGUCUGAUCUGGCCGGCUGUAGCAGGGCAGGAUUUUGUCAUGUCAGAGGGCACGUUGACAUUUGAGAUUGGACAGAGUAGUGCUGGCCUGAACGUAGACCUCACACCAAACAUCGGUUCCUCCAAUCUGACACCCAAACGCUUUCAAGUGGUUCUCUCUGAUGCUACCGGUGGCGCACGGGUUCAUCCAGAAUUCGGGCUGGCGAACGUCACCCUGGUUUCAGACACAGAGACUCAGGCUGUGUGGGCCCUGCUGGACCAGCUACACCAGCCUCUGGAGGAGACCAUCAUCAACCGGGUCCUGCAUGCACUCAUCAAUAAAGUUAGCAGGGACAUCACUCCAGAGCAGCUAAUGGCAGUGCUAGAUGCCUCCAGCAAGAUACUGAGUGAUGCUGAACAGACUCCUCUAAAAGACAGCAGUCGUGGGUUGACCUAUGAACUCCUGUGUGCCAUGGCGAACCCCAAUCGAACGGAUACUCAAGGUGUGAGCCAGCUGUCUGAGGUGGCAGAGCGCUUCGCAUACAGCCUGCUUACAGACAUUAAGUGUGGAGCAGAAGGAAAGAGAGGUAUAACCAUACUGGACAAUUGCCCAUAUUUCACCAUCGCUGCACACCACUGGUAUCCCAUGCAGAUUAACGGGCACACAUUCAUAGGCAAAAACACAGACACGUUUACCUUGCCGGAGACCCUGCUGGAGGUUCCAGCUCUUCCUGCUGAUAGCACGGCCCCGUCGGCUUGCUAUAAAGUGCACUUCACCGAAUACAGUACUGAACACUGGUUCCUCACCAACAAAAAACCCAGUGCUUUAAAUGGCAAGGUUUUUUCAGUCAGUCUUUACGGCAGAGGCUCUAAACCUCUUGCAGAUGGUCAAGAGGUUGUUUAUCGUAUACAUACCCCAGAUCGACGAGGAAAACCAAAACCAAGCCAGUCUCUGUGCCUGCUGUGGAAUCAGGCUGCUGAAAGCUGGUUGUCUGAUGGUCAGUUCUGUCGUUUGGUGGACGACACUCAGAAUUAUGUAGAGUGCGCCUGUUCGCAUCUGUCCAUCUACACAGCGUAUGCGGAGAUUGAAAGCUUGGCUUCAUUCAAUGAGGCCUUCUAUGCUGCUGGCUUCAUUUGUAUCUCAGGGUUUGCCUUGGCCAUGGUGUCUCAUCUGAUGUGUGCAAGAUUCCUCAUGUUCGCUGCCAAACUCCUCACACACAUGAUGGUGGCCUGCUUAGGGACUCAGAUUUGUUUCCUGGUGUCUGCAUUUCGGGGACGUAUGUUUUCAGAGGACAGUUGUGCUGCUCUCGGCCUAUUCUUCCAUUACUUCCACCUCAGCCAGUUCAGCUGGAUGCUUGUACAGGCCAUAAACUUCUGGCAGAUAUUGGUGAUGAAUGAUGAGCACACGGAGAGACGGUAUCUGCUCUAUUUCCUGCUCAGCUGGGGUCUUCCUGCUCUGGUCAUCAUUGUUCUGGUUGUGGUCCUGCUGGGGGGAUUUGGAUGGAGCAUUCAUAGUGUGUAUGGCCUGGUGCAAGGAGACCUGUGCUUCAUCCCAAAUGUAUAUGCGGCUCUCUGUACAGCAGCCCUGGUUCCUCUCAUUUGUUUGGUAGGGGUACUGGUGAUCUUCAUCCACGCGUAUCAAGUCACUCAGCAAUGGAAGGCCUAUGAUGACAUCUACAGAGGUCGAACAAACAGCUCAGAGGUGCCCAUGAUGCUGUAUCUGUUUGCUCUGGUGACUCUGGUGUGCGUUUGGGCAGGAUUGCACAUGGCCUACAGAUAUAUAUGGAUGCUGAUUCUCCUUGUUAUCUUCAACAUCUUUCUGGGUCUAUAUGUGUUUUCUGUGUACUUCGUCAUGCAUAAUCAGCUCUUCUGGCCUGGUAAGGCAACCUAUACGGUGGAGAUGAACGGUCACAGCAGCCCAGACUCCAUUUACCAGAGCACCGGUGCAGCUACUGUCGGCGGAGGAGAAAUCAGCAAGUCUACGCAAAACCUCAUCAGUGCCAUGGAAGAGAUCUCUGCAGACUGGGAAAGAACCUCGCUGAGGCCCAGCAGUCAACCGAGUAGUAUCUUCAAACCCAGUCCUCAGGAUGAGGCCUACAUCACUGAAGGAGGCUUCAUCAACAGCGGUCUGGUGCAGGACGAGGAGUCGCAGGAGUUCGAUGACCUCAUAUUUGCCUUAAAAACUGGUUCUGGCCUUAAUGUGAGUGACAACGAGUCGAUUCACGGCAGUCAUGAUGGAGGAAGCAUGGCGAACUCUCAGAUCGUCGAGCUGCGGCGGAUCCCCAUCGCAGACACACAUCUUUAACCUCACAGAUUUUUUUUUUUUUUGUACUGAAAAUUGUAAAAAUAAGAAUAGUUGUUGAUUUUUUACAGUUUCUGCCUUUGCACUAAAUCUUGUUAGUUUUUAUGUUGUCUUUUUUAUACGUGGACUUUGAAAUUGUCUUUUUAUGUAUACAUAUGUGAAUAUAAUUAUCACUAAAUUAAUUUGUGAAAGGUUUUAGCAUUGUUGUGAAUUGAAAUAUUAUGUAGAUGGAGUGGCAGCUGGCCUGUGAGCCCCGAAAUUCUGCUGCUUGAUUUGUGUAACACCAAUAAUAAAAGAUUCAAACUCCA